GUUAAACAAAAAACACAUUCAUUAUCAGAGUUUUUAAAGGAAUUAAUUUCAAUUUUGAUAAACGUUUGGAAACAAGAUACUUCUACAUACUUGUCAAAUUUAAGCAAUGCACAUUAUGAUGAAAAAUUUUAUUAUGUGAUUCAAGAAGUUAAUUUAUAUGGACRAUAUGUACAUCAAAUUGAUGAAAAUCUAAAACACAUAACUUUCAACGUUUUAGAUAUGCGUAGGCACAGCCAUUUAAUCAAAGUUUUUAUACCUGAUGAAUAUCCCAAGAUUAAGAAACAACCAUUAUAUUUUGAAACUAUGGUUCCUACAAUCGUCUUAAACUUAUUUUUGAAGGUAAAUAUUUAAUUUAUUAUAAAUGUGUUGUUGGAAAUAUGGUAAUAUUUAUUAUAAAUCCAAUGAUAAGACAUUAGUAAAACCUUGGAAAAAAAUGUAUUGGCCUGCAAUUAUAAUUGAAAAUUUCUAGAAAGCUUGAAUUCAUAUUAGCAAAAAUUGCUCACUUCGGAAUAUAUACUGGACAAAAUCACAGCCUUUUUAAAUAUAAUAUAUAAAAUCUGCAAAUUAUAUCACUAAUUAAAAAUAUAUACAGUAUUAAAUGUAUUUUUUUACAAUUAUGGUUUUUUUAACUUGACCCCCUGCUGUCCCCUAGCCAUAUAGUGUUCAAUAUUUUUGUAUAAGAUACAAUACCAAUUUCAUUUUUAUAAUUUAAGUUAUUUUUCAAUUUGAGUG